AUGGACUUAUCGAGGGCCGACUCACACCAUUCUCUGGGUGAGCAUGUCCAUCUCUCUUCCUGUACUCCCGAUAAAUUCAACUGGAUUCUCGACCGUGACGCAUGCAAGAACUGGAUCGGGCCAGCGUGCAGACCAUUGUGGCUGUACGGGAUGGCCAAGUCAGACGUGGCUGCCUCGAUGGAUGUCUUGGAAAGGAAGGCGCGUGCGACAUUUCCAGACGCCAACGUCAUCAAAUAUUCCUUCGAUGCCCAAGACGACCGCUGUCGAUCGACAUAUGGAAUGCUUGCUUCUCUCAGCCACCAGCUGCUGACUCUUAAACCAGGCCUCUUUGAACACGUCAGGUCUCUCUACCAUGCAUGUGACAUGUUCCUAGAGGUCGAGUUCAAAAUCGAACAUCUAUGGGCCUUCUUGCGCUCGUUGCUAUCCUGCCCACCCAAGCGCCAUGGCGUCAUCUUUUGCUUUAUCAACAUGAUAGACGAGUGCGACCCUUGCAGCAACAAGUUCCUGAAAGACCUGCUGCUACUGGCGAGCUCGGAAACCUCAGCUGGCGGCUUCAGGCUGGCCGUCACCAGCCACAAGGCGCCCGACUCUGAUGUCGAGUUUGCAGCACAUGCGAUCAACGUUAUCCAGGAGAGACAUGAAGACCCUGAUGAGAAGAAGAAAGAAAUAGAGAGUGUGGUUGCCAGGGAGACUCGUUUGCUGUUCGAGGCCAGGCCGGAACUGGAAAAAUUGGACGGCAUUAUAAAUGAGAAACUGAGCGCUGUUGAUGAUGUUUUCAACAUCUCACUCAUUGCAAAAUUGCUGCAGGCACGCCUGCCGCACUGGGGAGAUGCAGAGCUCGAAACACAGCUGAACGCUCUACCUCCCACCACCUUUGAGAUAUAUCGACACUUUUUGGACAGCAUACCCGCAGACAAUCAAUCGUGGGCGAGAGAUGUGCUCUCUUGGAUAGUCCAUGCGUUUCAGCCAUUGAAGGUGACCGAGCUUGCCUUGGCCAUGGCUCUUCAAGACGACACCUUGUCAAUCUUGGAACUGCAAAGGUUGCCACAGGGGCAUAUCGAAUCAAAGAUCAAGAAUGUAUUUGGCAACUUGAUCCAGAUUCAACAUGACAACGUCUUUUUUAUUGACAGCAGCUUUCGAGAUUUUCUAAUCCAAACUCAAUCCAGUUGUCAAGAAAGAAGUCUGAAGUUGGUUAACCAUGCGAACUGUGCCAGGUUGUGUCUCCGCUACCUCUCUUUGGUGACUUCGGCAACGGAGGAAUCGAAGCCUAUUUUCGACAAGAAAAACUUGUUUACGCCUUCAGAGGGGAUCGAGUACGGUUUCCUUGACUAUGCCGGCCAAUAUUGGUUUCGACACUACAACUUGGCGAAACAUGAUGCCUUUCCAGACCUUCAAGAUGAGGCGUGCGCAUUCCUGGAAAGACCCAAGUCCGAUAUAAUGUGGUGCAAGCUAAAAGUCGACUAUUCGACAUGGCAGCGCGGUAACCCGGCUCACGUGGCAAUUAGCCUUGGAUGCAACGAUGUUGCCCGAACGCUGCUCGAAAAGCCCGAGUGGAACGCCGAGGUCCUUGAUCACACUCAGGGACUUAGAUUGACAACGACACGCGAGACAGCUAUUGAUUUUCUCUGGGAAGCCGGUGCCAGACACGGAGUGAUUCUCUACGCCGCGGCCAUGCGUGGGCGAGACGAGUUGGUGGACCAAAUAUUGAAGGAUCAGGCGCAAGUGGAAAUGGGAAAGGAGUAUAUAUCCCCAUAUGGCAGGACAGCCUUGCACCAGGCAUCUUCCCUUGGUUACCAUGCUGUGGUUAGAAAACUGCUCAAUGCAGGUUACAACGCAAACGUUACGAAUGACGAGCUACUGGUGCCUCUUCAGCUCGCCAGCCGGUUUGGCCAUGUCGAUGUCAUAGAGGCUCUUCUCACCGGAAAGGAGAAGGCUGAUGAUGAAAAUAUGGAUACAGACACCCAUCCAGCUUGCGCCGCCGUUGUCGGCAAAUCACCUUGGCUGGUUCAGGAGUCUCUCAUGAUGGCCAUCGACUCUCAGCAACAUGACGCAAUCAAAAAACUUCUCGACCGGGGCGCCAAGCUUGAGAAAAAUCCCAAAGCGUUGAGUCAUGCCGUUGCGUCUGGUCGGGAGGACAUUGUGGGAUUAAUUCUACGUUACUAUGAGAAACUCCCGGCGAAUAUUCUCCACGAAGCAAUGGCGACACGCGGCGAGAACAACUACACGCCGUUGGGAUUGGCCGCACGCGGGGGCUACAUGGAUGUGGUGCGGCAGCUUUUGGACAAGAUGGAAUCUAGAAUGGACACCACAGAAACAGAAGACAUGAAGAAGAAAUCUCCUAGAGAUAUGCCGCUUCAUCUGGCGGCCGAGGGUGGUCAUGCCCAUGUGCUCAAAGCCCUCAUCGAAUGGCAAUGGCCCCAGGACUCGGAGUAUCGUGACAAGUCUAACAUCAGAGCCGCCAAUUCUUCAGGCCAAGCUCCAAUCCAUCUGGCAGUCCUCGGUGGUAAUGCAUCCCUCGUCGUUCAGCUUUGUUUAGAGCAUCAGACACAGAAGGUUUCCCUCCGCCUCUUGAAUAGCCGUCUCCGGAGUCCCCUCCAUGUGGCAUGCGACUGCGGCUUCGUCGACAUGGUCGACAUCCUUCUCGAGCACGGCGGCUGGUACGGCGAAGCGGAUGAGAAUGGCGACACGCCGCUUCUUCUCGGGUGCGCAGCCGGGGACUUGCAGACGGUGAAGAGGCUUCUUACCCACGACUCGAACCUCCUCAUCAAAAACUUGCAAGGCCGCUCGGCGCUACAUCAUGCUGCGGCGUCAGGGGAACCAGACGUGGUUCAGGAGCUUCUCCGCGCCUCUAGUGAUGCCAACGACAUCCGCAUCUAUACGAAUGCAAAAGAUAAGUCUGGGAGCACACCACUUCACCUAGCCGCGGUGGCUGGCAAUGUUGAAGUGAUGGACAUACUCUUGGAUGAGAUGGCGGACAUUACACAAGUGGAUGGCUCGGGCCACGACGUGCUGUACCUUGCCUCCCGACAUGGCCAUGCGAAUGUGGUGACAUUUCUCAUCCAAGAAUCCCGCAAAGGUAUCGAGGGAGAUGACGGAGAUACAUUCCAUUUCGGUGGGGAUAUUUUUCAAUUCGUUCAAGAGAUGCUAUCAUACUUCCCGCAUAAUCUUCCUGUGGCCGAGGAAACUGAUAUUGCCGUCGAGAUUGGCCCUAGGGAAAACUGUGCUAUGGUACUGGCCAAUCUUACAAGUCUUGCUAACCAGUGGACUCCUUCGCAGUACGGAAUCACCCUGCAUCUGGCCGCAAAAGGGGGAAUUGUCAGCGUCGUUGAUCAAGUCCUGCUUAAAGGGCAGGAUCCGAACUACAUGGACACGAUGGAAAAGACAGCUCUCAUGUAUGCGGCUGAAUCGGGGUGCUCUCGGGUGGUCGAGCGACUCUUGAGGGUCCCCAACAUUGACCAGGAUUGCCAAGACACAUUUGGUUACUCCGCUAUUUCAUACGCAGCUGAGAGCGGGCAUCUGGAAGUUGUCAAGAUGCUUGCCUCGGGGCGCAAAUCCGCCAUCGACGCUCAAACCUUGACGGCUGCGUCAAGAUGUAUGGCAAAUAUGAAGGGCAGUAGCAUCAUGACCUUCUUUCUGGAUAAUGACAUCGAUGGAUCGCUAGUGGAUAGUUCCCUAAGAAUAGCUGUAUCCGAAGGGUUCGUCGAGGUUGUCUCGCUGCUCGUGGGCCGAGGUGCAAAUGUCAAUACCACCUACGAAUCAACAUCCACGCCCUUGCACAAGGCCGCGGGGCGUGGAAAUGUUGGAAUUUGUAAGAUUCUUCUCGAGGCCGGUGCCACGGUAGAUUCGGAAACGAAGGACAAGGAAACACCGCUCAUUCUUGCGGUAUCCCGUGGCCAUCAAGAGGUAUCGGAACAGCUCCUACAUUCUGGGGCGGAUCCGCUGGCAGCGACGAGCUCAGGCAAGACACCGUACCAUGAAGCGAUUUGCGCAGGGCCCGAAAUCUUCAAAGCCGUGUUAUCGAGGGUCUUGGAGUUGAACAAGUCAGCCCACACGAAGGAUGCCCAGAACAGAAGCCCUGUCCUUCUCGCGGCAGCUCAAGGCACACAGGAAGCCUUCAUGGCGCUAAUCGACAUUGAGGGUGCGGAUGUCAAUGAGAAGGAUAAGAACGGCUAUACACCUCUCUGCCACGCGAUUUUCAGACAGCAAGCGGUGAUUGUUGAGACCUUGCUCAAAAAGCCGGAACUGAAGCGGUCCAUGAGUGCGAAAGACAUGCUCCAACGUGCAGCUGGGUUUGAAGAAGAUAAAAUCAUGAAACUGCUGAUCCAAAAUGGAAUAGACCGUGACCUUGAAUUCGACGACUUAUUCGAACUUGCGAUGGAGUCGGAAAACCUCUACCUCGUAGAAAUUGUCUUGCAGACGCCACACGACGGAAUCCGGCUGGAUAAACACAGGUGGUCUCUCGAGUGUCUGAAACACGUUCUUAUGGACCCGGAAUACAAACGAGAACAUAUGAUCAGGAACUCAGACACGGACCUAAAGCCGCCUUUGGGUUGGUGCCAUCAGGGUGAAGUAGAUGUUGAGAGAGCCCCCGAAGAUGCUUGGGGAUUUCCUGGCCCAAGUAUGUCUGUUUCUACAAGCACGCCCUCUGUCGGACUACCAUGA